ACUGCCGCCCCCCUCUGGACCACCUCCUCAGUCCCUGCUCACCACCCAGCCUUCCCUCCUCUGCCCUCCCCUCUUUGUCCUCACCAGCUCCUCCCCUUUUGUGCCCCUCCUCCCCUGCCUUUCCCCACCCCCCACCCUCCCGACGAUGAAGAGGCAAUGAUGACAGCGACAAUGACGAGGACAACCCCAAUGACACAGACUCUGCUCCCCAUGACACCACUCUGACAAGGCUGCCACCCAGAAGAGGCCACCGCUGCAGACAAGGCUGCUCGUGGCUCGGGGUGGUGAGGCAUUUUGUGGCAAGGCUGCUGGCGGGUAGGGGGCCGUUGGCAUCUCAGGGCUGCUGGCAUCUCGGGACCACUGGUGUCUCGAGGCUGCAGGCAUUGGGACUGCUGACAGCUGGACCACUGGUCUUAGGACCGCUGACUUCUCAGGGCUGCAGGUGCAGACAGCUGGACCGCUUAGGUCUCGGGACUGCUAGAGGCGGUACAGGUGGUACUGCAGGCAGCUGGAGGCUGUGGGCGGCUUGGGGCCGCAGGCAGCUCGGGGCCGCUGGCGGCUGGCGGCUGCAGAGAGCGCCUCGAGGCCGCCAGAGGUGGAACCACAGGCUGCUUGAAGCUGCAGGCGGCCGCUCAGGGCCGCAGGCGGCUGGAGGUUGCAGAUGGCAGCCCAGGGCUGCCUGAGGCAGAACCAUAGGCGGCUCAAAGCUACAGGAGGCUCGGGGCCGCCGGAGGUUGGAGACUGCCGGCAGCGGUUAUAGCUCUUACAAGAGCUGUUCCAGCUCCUCCAGUCGGCGGGCUCUUCCGUUCUCCUGGACUCUUUCUUCUGCUCCCGCCACAGCUCAACUGCGAGCCUCGCACAGCGACCUUUAUGUGGUUGGUUGAACCCCGCCCCUACCCAGGUGACCAAUCGGAUCUCUAUUCACUCUAGUGGCUAUAGGUGCGCCCCACCGAUUGGACAUCUCUACCCAGCCUGCCCCGCCCCUACAUCCGGGCUCCACAAGCACGUUCCUCGGGAGCGGCAGGCCCUCACAGUACAGUUCUGGUGUAGUCAGAGAACAUAUUCAUUCGGGAGGGAAAGAGCACGAGGUGAGGGGGAGGGGCCGAGGGAGAAGGAGACGCAGGCUCCCCGCUGGGCAGGGAGCGCCCGCUCUGGGCUCAGUCCCAGGACCCUGGGGUCGGACCGAGCGGAGCGCAGGCAGACGGGGCGGCCGAGCCGCCCAGACGCCCCGGAGGGCGCAUCCUCAGGGAUUUUAACCCUUUAACACUUACCGGGACCUGUUUUAUGCCCCGCCUGCCUUCGGUCUUGCUGGAUGUCGCAGGUGCCGCAUGCCACGAUUUAUACACAAACAUGGUUUGCCUGAUUGUUGCAGUCUGGGCCUGGAACAAUUUUAAUUAAUGGGAAAAUGGUCCUCAAAACAGUGAUUAGACCUCUUCAGGUACAACAAGAUAAAAGCCUGAUAAUUUGGAUGGAGUACUCUUCUUAAAUGUCUAUUCUGUGCCUGGCAGCCAAUGGGAGAGCGGGGCCGUCUCCCACCUGAUCCGAUGAGUAAUUAAGAGAGGGCUUUUUCUUCCUACCUCUCCCCUCCCUCCCCUCCCCACUGGAGCUUAACAGGUUGGUGGUAUAAUUUGGAGACUUUAAGGGGUGUCAUGCUAGGGGCUUAGGCAAGGGCCCUGCAUCUUCUCUCCAGCUCCCCAGACACUGCCCAGCUGGGUUUGAAAAGCCGGCAAGUGAGGGGAGGAAGGAGGUGGUGGCAGGAGAGAGGUGACGCUUCUCAGCCAAGUUUGAGAGGGGCCUGUGGCCAUGAGCGAGCCAGGCAGCCAGAAGAGCAGCGACGGCACUGUGUCUCGCCUCCUCAACGUGGUGGAAAGUGAGCUACAGGCCGGGAGGGAGAAAGGCGACCCUACGGAGAAGCAGCUUCAGGUCGUCCUGGAGGAUGCCCCUCUCUGGCAGAGAUUCAAGGAAGUCACUAACGAGAUGAUCGUGACCAAGAAUGGCAGACGGAUGUUCCCUGUCCUCAAGAUCAGUGUCACGGGGCUGGACCCCAAUGCUAUGUACUCCCUCCUGCUGGACUUCGUCCCCACGGACGGUCACCGCUGGAAGUAUGUCAACGGGGAGUGGGUGCCCGCGGGCAAGCCGGAGGUCUCCAGCCACAGCUGCGUCUACAUCCACCCAGACUCCCCCAACUUCGGAGCCCACUGGAUGAAAGCUCCCAUCUCCUUCAGCAAAGUCAAGCUCACCAACAGGCUCAACGGAGGCGGGCAGAUCAUGCUGAAUUCUCUGCACAAGUACGAGCCGCAGGUGCACAUCGUGCGGGUCGGGGGCGCGCAUCGGAUGGUGGCGAACUGCUCCUUCCCCGAGACCCAGUUCAUCGCCGUGACGGCCUAUCAGAACGAGGAGAUAACAGCUCUCAAAAUCAAGUACAACCCUUUUGCCAAAGCCUUCUUGGAUGCCAAGGAAAGGAGUCACCUCAGAGACGCUCCUGAAGCUGUGUCUGAGAGCCAGCGCGUGGCCUACUCUCACCUGAACUUGAUGGAGAGCUCGAGCAGCAACCUGCAGGUGUUCUCCGCAGCGGACAGCUGGACCUCCUUGUCCUCCGCGCCGCACACCAGCAUCCUGCCCGUCCCGCACACUAGCGGCCCGCUCAACCCAGGGCCUAGCCCCUACCCGUGCCUGUGGACCAUCAGCAACGGCGGCGGAGGUCCUGCCGGGCCUGGCCCAGACGUGCACGCCAGCUCCCCGGGGACCUUUCUUCUGGGGAGCCCAGCUGUGACUUCACCCCUCUCCGCCCAGGCACCCAGUUCAGCGGGUGCCGAGGUUCUGGGGGAGCCCUCGCUGACCAGCAUCGCCGUGUCCACCUGGACAGCGGUGGCCUCACAUCCCUUCUCGGGCUGGGGUGGCCCGGGGAGUGGGGGGCGCCAUUCUCCCUCCUCGCUGGAUGGGUAAGCCGGAUCCUGGGGAGGGGUCAGCGGAGAGCCCUGUCUGUACAGAGCGUUUAGAAGCCCCACCUCUGCGUCUAGUGAGUUAGACAGCCGGGUCUCCCCACCCAGUGAGCGCAGGGUGGAGGGGUUCCGGGAGGUGGUUUAGUUUGGAGAUGCUCUCUGGUUUCUUGUCCCACACCCGUUUUCUCGGCAGCCCGUCGGUGACAUGCUUAGGUAACUGGGGUUCACAGGGCACCUUCCUUGGCUCUGCUGCUUACUUUCAGAUGAUUCUAGAAGGCCUCACCUCCUGCUUGCUGUUCCAUGGAGGUGGUGCGAAGCUCUUCAGCGAGCUCCGCGUCUACCUGCACUGCGCCUUCCUGGCCUUGGGCAGCCCUGGGAAGUCUCUGCAGCCCCGGGGUUUCUGCUUGGACACCAGGAAAGAGUGCAAGCCCCGGAGUGACGUUCCGGAGAAGAGAGGCCAUCACGCGUUACAGCAAUGCGCCUGGAGUUUAGAAAGCGAGGUCAUGUCCUUCCCUUGCUCAGAAACCUUCCGUGGCUCACCAUGGCCCACAGAACGAAGUCCUACCCGACUCGGAGGACACCCCCACUUCCUGGCCUCAGCCCCUGCUCCCAGCUUCAGUUCCCUCCGUCAUCCCGGGAGAGGCCGACAUGUCAGGGGACCCUCCCAUCCCCCUGCCUUCCCUGUGCCUGAGACGGCCUUCUCUGGUCAGCCCCAUCCGUGUGAAUCCUGCCCAUCCCCGGGGACUGGCCGGAGGGCCCGGCCAAACACCCAGGGUGCCUCGGCACACGUGACCUUGCCCGGCUGCCUGCCUUCCCACGGGUCCUGCCUCUUUCUGGAGCUCGCCCCCCGCCCCCGUGUUUUUGUUUGCCUGUGAGCGUGUCUGUCCCCCACUAGACUGUGAGCCCUUGAGGGCGAGGGCUAGCCUUCUGUCUUUGUACCCCACAGCACCUGGAACUGUGCCUUGUCCCUAGU